UUCCCGUGUUAACCCAACCACCACCCACCACCCGAAUUAAUUCAUCCAGAAAUCCGUCAUCCCCCCUCCCUGUUUUGACUUCCAGAAAAGCGUAUUCGUCAUCCCCUUACCCUCCUUCCGAUAAAUCUCCCACGCAUCCUUCCGCCCACUCCCAAAAUUGCAAUCCCCCGUUCUCUCCUCUCCCCGCACCUAUUCCUCAAUUCAUCUCAACUCGUACACUGAAUAAUUUUUAGUUGAAUUGGAGUGAAUUGGUCGCGGAAGAUGGAGGCCAGCAACCAGGAGUUCUGGCACUUCAGCGAUCAGAUCCGGCUCCAGACGAUCGACUUGAGCAACCUUUCUAUCGGGGAUAGCAUCUGGAGCGACUCGUAUUUGAAGAGGACCGACGAGCGUCGAAACUUCGAGAAUCCCGUCGGGCCGUCCGAUCUCGGCUGGAAGAUGGGAUUCGGGAAUCAGAAGCUGGCGUUCGGGAAUAGCAACAACCAACGGAUCAACAAUAGCAAUUCCAACGACAACAGCGGUGGGAAUAACGGUGGAAUGAAGAAUGGGAAUUUUGCGACUAAUGGUUACAACAGCAACAACAACAACAAUAAUACCAACGGGGUGAUUAAGAAUUAUUUUAGCAAGGGGACUGGGAAGUCCGUGAAUCACGGACAUGGUGGGAAGAAGAAUAACGGUUAUGAUGGCAACGGAGGGAGUGGGAAGAAGAAGAAUAACAAUAACGGGAAUAGCGGCAGUAAUAACAACAAUAGCAACGGAGCGGUGGAUAAGAGAUUCAAGACGCUGCCGCCGUCGGAGUCGCUGCCGAGGAAUGAAGCGGUCGGCGGUUAUAUCUUUGUCUGCAACAACGACACCAUGGAGGAGAAUCUCAGGAGGCAGCUCUUCGGUCUGCCAUCAAGGUACAGAGACUCGGUCCGAGCGAUAACACCAGGGCUGCCUCUUUUCCUCUACAACUACUCCACCCACCAGCUCCAUGGGAUUUUUGAGGCGGCUAGCUUUGGAGGAACCAACAUCGAUCCGACGGCUUGGGGGGACAAGAAAUGCCCUGGGGAAUCCCGUUUCCCGGCCCAGGUGAGAGUAAUGACAAGGAAGGUCUGUGAUCCACUGGAGGAGGAUUCAUUUCGCCCUAUCCUUCAUCACUACGAUGGCCCCAAGUUUCGGCUGGAGCUCAGUGUUCCUGAGGCUCUGUCUCUCCUUGAUAUAUUUGCGGUAAACAAUGCUUGAGAUGGAGUUGGCCUAUUCUCAGAACAAUCAACCUGGAUGGCGAUGCAGGCAUAUCUAUAUAUAAAUAUCUGUUCUUCGUACUACCUUGGAAUAAGUUUGUGUUUUCUGGGGAUAAAUUUUAGUGGACUAUAUGAUCCAGAUGAAGAAGGGUGGAGUGAUGAGGCCUGUUCUUGGUACUUAUGCCAGUUUUUGUAAGAAAUUCUGGGACAGACUCUGUUAUGUAAGUGAGUCAUAUAGAAGAGGAUCUUUUAUCUUUUUUUCCGCAAAUAAUAGUGUUUGUUGGUGUGCAAGAUGGUAGAAGUAUCAUCUGAAUAAAGCGGCUGAAGGAGCACAGAAUUCGUGUUGGGAUUACCUACCCAAUUUAUUUGAUGUCAUGGUUUGCGUACUAAUCCUACCAUCCGCAGCCCAUCUCUAACGUUUCAAUUGACUUCCUUUUGUAGCUUGGAAGCUUUGCAUGCGACCUUAAGUUGAUUGAAAUUGUA